AUGACUGGUUUAGACGAUGCUGAUAAUCCGUUCUAUUACCCUCAGCAGUCGGCCGCAUCUUGUGAAAGAGCUUGGAAAACGGCUGGCUUAAAACCGGGAAUUCAAAUAUGGCGAAUUGUGAACUUCAAAGUAACUUCAUGGCCGGAGGAGGAUUAUGGAAAAUUCUUUGAUGGAGAUUCCUAUAUAGUUCUAAAUACCUACAAGAAGGAGGACUCUGACGCUCUGCUUUAUGAUGUUCACUUCUGGAUCGGAAAAUACAGUACGCAGGACGAGUAUGCCACUGCUGCAUACAAGACAGUGGAACUAGACACAUAUUUAGAUGACGCCCCUGUCCAGCACAGAGAAGUUCAAGGUCACGAGUCAAAGCUCUUCAAGACUUACUUCAACACAAUAACAUACAUGCAUGGUGGGGCAGAGAGCGGAUUUCGUCGAGUGAAGCCAGAACAGUACAAACCCAGAUUAUUCCAUUUCCAUGGUGACAAGCGGGGAGUCAUGGUGAAAGAGAUCCCACGUAUGGAGAAGUACAUUGAUGACACCGAUGUGUACAUCCUGGACCUUGGACUUCAUAUCUACCAAUAUAAUGGACAGGGCUCCAACAAAGACGAAAGAGUCAGGGCUCUGCAGUAUGUUAACUCCCUAAGGGCUGAAAGAAGUGGAAAAGCUGUGAAAACGACAGUUCUGGACCAAGUAGCCGGUGGAACGGGCGUAUUCUUCCGACAUUUGGACCAAACCGAGAGUGAAGACUUUCAAUCUGAAGAAGACAUGGAAUCAACUGAUGUUUCUGAACAUGAACUCUACAGACUAUCAGAUGCUGAUGGCUCGUUGAAGUUUUCAUUGGAAAAAGAAGGUCCCGUUGGCCUGAAAGAUUUUGAUGGCAACGAUGUCUUUAUUUUUGACACAAAACAAGAACUCUUUGUGUGGGUUGGUAACCACACAACCCACGAAGAAAGGAAGAACGCUUUGAUAUAUGCCCACAAUUACUUGAAGGAGACCAGCCAUCCCUUGAUUCCCGUGAGUUGUCUGAAUGAGGGGGCCGAAAACAAAUCAUUCAGUAUGGCACUGACCGCCUAGGGCUUUGGAAACUUAACUAUUUAAUUGGGAUAUAACAUAAACAAAACUAUAUACGAACAAUACAAAUCAGUGAUAGUUGAAUAAAUCAAAAACAUCGUUAACUUUUUUAUAUUAAUAGUUUGAUUUUGUUUGGUUACGGUUUCUUCAAUUCUUGCAAUUUUUGUUUAUUAUGAGCAUAAGUAUUUACUGUUUAUCUUUAACAUGUUGGACAAGGUGUUUCUAAUUGAAUUAUUAUUUAAUAAAUAAUUCGUUGUAUAAUUUUUUUACUAAAUGAACAAUGUUUUUUUUACACUUUUAAAUGUAUUAUCAAAUUUCCUGUAUUUUGCACAUUAAAAUGACACAAACAUAAUUAGCAUACAUGUACAUGUGUAUCUUAUAAAAUGUGUAUUUUCAUUUCAUAGCAGUUCCAUGAUUUUGGAGGUGGGGGUGGUCUCCUGGUACAUGUAUUCAUAAAGUUUAUGGUGUAAUCAUGUUAAAAGACAUCUGCGUUUUAGACCAUUAUGAUAAAAUGUGUAUAAUUUGUUUUACCUUUGAAAAGGGGGAUAAGUCAGAAAAUUUCCAAACGACGUAUAUUUUUCCAGAUUAGAUUUCUUUAAAAAACGAAAACAUUUUACAUCUUCCUAAAAUUUAUACGAUUUUGUUGCUUUUGUGCAUACAAAGAAGCAUUUUAAAAUCUUGCAAAAAAAUGCUUUUAAUUUAC